AUGUCCUACAUCCCGGGCCAGCCUGUCACCGCCGUAGUGCAAAGAGUUGAAAUUCAUAAGUUGCGGCAUGGUGAAAACUUAAUCCUGGGCUUCAGUAUUGGAGGUGGGAUCGACCAGGACCCUUCCCAGAAUCCCUUCUCGGAAGAUAAAACAGACAAGGGCAUUUACGUAACACGAGUGUCUGAGGGAGGUCCUGCUGAAAUUGCUGGGCUGCAGAUUGGAGACAAGAUCAUGCAGGUGAACGGCUGGGACAUGACCAUGGUCACUCAUGACCAGGCUCGGAAGCGGCUCACCAAACGCUCGGAGGAAGUGGUCCGCCUGCUGGUGACUCGGCAGUCUCUGCAGAAGGCCGUACAGCAGUCCAUGCUGUCGUAGCAGUAGUCAGCCUAGACUUGUGCCCACUGACCUUUUUGGGCACUGAGAACACAUCCACGCUCUGUCUGUAUCUAAUUCUGGCUUCUGCUGUGUGCUAGGCCCCAGCUCUGAGGAGUAACAGCUGAUCCCAAAGGUCCAAGCCAACCUUCUUAACCCUCAGCCCCCAGCCCGAGGCCAUAGCACCAGCUCUUUCUCUCGGACACUGAGGAUUGGAAAUAAGGGCCUGGAGUAAUAUCCAGUCUUCAGUAACCAUAGGCCCAGCCAGAGACCUGUGGUGGUUCAGCCACAGCAGGGGCUGGGCAGUCAGGAAACCCCUCUGAGCUGCCAAAGCUUGCAAGUGCCAAGUAAGCCCCUUUCCUCCCAGCUUGCUCUGGUUGAAGGGGUUGGCCCUGCCCUGACACCUUCUCAGUGCCUCUCCCUAUGCUUCCCCUAUCAUGGUGCCCAGCCUGGGGCUGGGCCCACAUAUGCCAGUAUGAAGGCCGCCUGGAUGAAGAGGGCAGGCUCCCACUCCCUUCAUUUCCCCUAAUGGGUGCUGGCCUCCCCACAAGUUUCAAGACUGACAUUUCAAGGCAGCUCUCAGGACUGCCAUUUUUCUCUACACCUGUGGGUUUAGCUUUUGUACUUUUUAAGUCACAACUUUGAUACAAAAGUGUUUCUAUC